CUCACCAGGAAGAGACUGAUGUGUUAUUUUUCCUUUCUGUCAUACUGACACUCUUCUUUACCAAAAAAACAAGGAUUAAUUAGUAAUCAGUGGAGAACAAAGAGAAACACUUUCAAAAGGGAUUUUUGUGAAGUUUGUUUCUGAACUGACAGAAGAUCUUUGUGAUUGUCGUGAUUGCUCAUUUUUUAACAGUCGUUCAGAAAGUGAAUGUAAAGUUCAUACUGCUGGAGCUCAAACAGUGAAAAUGGCUUCACAAUCUGAGGAUGAUUAUAUUUGUCCCGUAUGUCAUGAAAUCUUCAAUAAUCCUGUUUUUUUGUCAUGUAGUCACAGUGUCUGUAAAGAGUGUCUUCAACAGUUCUGGAGAACUAAGAAAACUCAGGAGUGUCCUGUCUGCAGAAGAAGAUCCUCAAAACAUAAUCCUCCAGUUAAUCUUGCAUUAAAGAACUUGUGUGAUUCGUUCUUGAAGGAGAGAAAUGAAAGGUGUUCAUCAGGAUCCGAGGAGCUCUGCAGUUUACACAGUGAGAAACUCAAACUGUUCUGUCUGGAGGACAAACAGGCAGUGUGUUUAGUGUGCAGAGAUUCACAUCAACAUGACAAUCAUAAAUUUAGACCCAUCAGUGAAGUGGUUAUAUCGUAUAAGGAGGAGCUCAAAACAGCACUGAAAUCAUUACAAGAGAAACUGAAAUGCAAUAAAAACAUCAAAGGAGAGUUUGAGAAAACUCAGGGUGACAUCAAGUCUCAAGCUGAGCACACAGAGCGUCAGAUUAAACAGCAGUUUGAGAAGCUUCAUCAGUUUCUCAGAGAUGAAGAAGAAGCUACAAUCACUGCACUGAGGAAGGAAGAGGAGCAGAAGACGCAAAUGGUGAAGGAUAAGCUGGAGGAUAUGAACAGACACAUCUCUGCUCUUUCAUGCACAAUCAAAGACAUGGAGAAGACGAUGAAAGCCAAUGACGUCUGCUUUCUAAAGGAGUUUCCUGUCUCAAUGAAAAGGGUCCAGAUCUCACAGCCGGAUCCACAGAUGCCUUCUGAAGCUUUGAUUCAUGUGGCAUGUUACUUGGACAACCUGCCGUUCAGAGUCUGGAAGAAGAUGGAGGACAUUGUCCCAGACAUGUCAGAAAGACGACUCGUGCUGCUGGGUAGAACUGGUGCUGGCGGAAGUGCAGCUGGAAACACAAUACUGGGACAGAAAGUCUUCAGAUUUGGGCCAAGUUCGAUGACAGUAACCAAUGAAUGUACAGCUGCUCACGCCACUGUUUCAGACAGGAAGGUGUGUGUAGUUGAUACUCCUCCAUUCUUUCACACAAGACUUAGUAAUGAGGAGAUAAUGAAAGAAAUAGCGAGAAGUGUUUAUUUAUCCAGUCCUGGACCUCACGCUUUUCUCAUUGUGGUCACAGCAGGUCUGGCAUUCAGAAAGGAGGAUCAGGAAACUAUUUCAUUGAUUGAGAUGAUGUUUGGUCAGGAGGUGUUAAAAUACUCCAUUAUUCUCUUCACUUAUGGAGAUGAUUUAGAUGACAAGCCAAUAGAGGAGGUUAUUGAGGAGUACAGUAAUACAAAGCAACUAGUUAAUCAGUGUGGAGGCAGAUAUCAUGUCUUCAACAACAGAGAUCGAAAUAACAGAGAGCAGGUGAAUGAUCUACUGCAGAAGAUUGACACAAUGGUAAAGCAGAAUAGAGGAGGAGGACAUUACAGUAAGCAGAUGUUUGAAAAUGCUCAGAAAGGAAAGGAAAAAACAACAAAGUCAAGAAAGUGUUGAUGCUCCUGGAUUCUUUGACACACAGAUGAGUUAAUGACAGAGAUAAUGAGAAGUGUUUAUUUAUCUAGUCUUGGACUGCACACUUUUCUGUUGUUUGGUCCAUCAUUCUCUUCACUCACAGAGAUCAGCUGGAAGAGCCCAUAGAGACACUAGAGGAGUGGAGGCAGAUUUCAUGUCUUCAAAAUUAGAGAUCAUACUGUAACUGCAUAUCUGAUGAAAAUAUGAUUGGUGCUUGUGUGGCUAUAAACUCAAAUGCUUGUGUGGCUAUAAACACAUAUAAAAAGUUAUAUUGGCAGUGAUUUACAGUUUGGGAUUGCAGGAAAGCCAAUCUCUAAAUCAGUACAAUGUUCUGCUGCUGAGAUAUGUCCACGUAUUCUGUAUAAAACUCUGCUGUUCUCCAGAAGAGCUGGAAAUUAACAUUCAGCUGAUGCAGCACAAGUGCACUGAACUCUAAGGGAGAAUAUUAAAUAUAAAUGUAGAUUAUGUUCAUAAUAAUCCUAACCCUAACCAAAUAGCAAGUACAUGUAGUUAAUUGAUAUUACUUGGUACUUCAAAGUAAGUAAGCCCUUAAAUAUUCUGUUUGCUUGGACUUUCUGCCUCCUUCGUGUUUCUCACCCUAACAACCUGUUACAGCUGGUGAGGAAAUUUCUACACCGAUUAAUAAACUUGGUGAUAACACUGGUGUUACAGAUUACACUGCAUAAUUUACAAGAAAAUAUAUUUGUCGUGACACUUAGGAUCUUUAAUGUUAGAUCUUUUACACAACACAAGAACAGUAAAAUAGUACAACGACAAGUUUGCUGAAAUCAAACAUAUAACUAAUUAACAAAAUUAAUAAGACCGAUGACAUUAUAUACUCAAGCUGUUACAAAUAAAUGAAAGCUCUUUUCGAUUUCCUUACUUUAAAACCUUUAAAAUAUUGACACUUAUGUAAAAAAUUAUAGUCUGCCUCGACCCAGAUUCCACUUCACAAUAUAUGUUUAAUCAUGCUCAUUUCCCAAAAUGGCUUAAUUAUUAUAGAGAAGAAGAAAGUCAACAGUUAUGUUGUUUCUAGACAAUUUAGGAUGAUUACAUCCUGAGCAAAUGGUGACCCAUUGUAGCAUGGAAGCGGGUGUGGGACACUGAGAACCAUCUCAGACAAAGAGGUGUUAGAACAUGAUUAACAUACAGACCACAGCUGUUAUGAAAGGAGCAACUUCAUUUACAUUAAGAGUAGUAAACUUUAACUGUAUAAAAGGUUUGAGCUAAGGAUGUUCUGGGUUCAUUCUGAGUCCGUUGAAACCAAGGUACAACAUGUACUUUGCCACUGCUAUGCUGCAAUAAACAUCUUCAUCAAGA